GCGGGGCGGGCGGGGUGCGGGGCGGGCCGGGCGCCGUCAGGGAGGGGCGCGAUGCACUUGUUGAAGCUGGACCGUCGCUGGAAUGUGAAGCAUGCCCGGCACCGUCUCCGGGACCCGGUGCCACGGGCGCCUGCUCCUCUGCCGUCCCGGUGCAGCGGGCAGCCCGGAGGAAGGGCAGCGAGGGAAGGCAGGGCGGAGGGGAGCCGGCACGGAGGUGCCGGGGCUCGGGAAGGAGCGGCGGCUGGCCUCGACCCACCGGCUGUGGAUUCGUACCGGGGCUCAGACACGCCCGCGCCCAGGAAAAAGCCCUGGGGUUAAAUGUUCCACCAAGUGAGAAGAGUGAUGACCAUCCUUUUCUUUACUAUGGUUAUCUCAUACUUCACUUGCAUGAAAGCUGCCCCAAUGAAAGAAGCCAGUCUAAGAGGACAAGGCAGCUUGGCUUACCCGGGGCUCCGGACCCACGGAACUCUGGAGAGCAUCAAUGGGCCCAGUGCUGGUUCCAGGGGCCUGACGUCGUUGGCAGACACUUUUGAACACGUCAUAGAGGAGCUUCUAGACGAGGAGCAGGACAUCCAGCCCAGCGAGGGAAACAAGGAUGCAGACUUGUACACAUCCCGAGUCAUGCUGAGCAGCCAAGUGCCUUUGGAACCCCCGCUGCUGUUCCUGCUGGAGGAGUACAAAAACUACCUGGACGCCGCCAACAUGUCCAUGCGGGUGCGGCGGCACUCGGACCCGGCGCGCCGCGGCGAGCUGAGCGUGUGCGACAGCACCAGCGAGUGGGUGACGGCCGCCGAGAAAAAGACUGCGGUGGACAUGUCCGGGGCCACCGUCACCGUGCUGGAGAAAGUCCCCGUGCCCAAAGGCCAGCUGAAGCAAUACUUCUACGAGACCAAAUGCAACCCCAAGGGGUACACAAAGGAGGGCUGCAGGGGCAUAGACAAGAGGCACUGGAACUCGCAGUGCCGAACUACGCAGUCUUACGUGAGAGCUCUCACCAUGGAUAACAAAAAGAGAGUUGGCUGGCGCUUCAUAAGGAUAGACACUUCCUGUGUAUGUACAUUGACCAUUAAAAGGGGAAGAUAGUGCAUUCGUGUUGUAUAGAUUAUAUUGAGACAAAAUUAUCUAUUUGUAUAUAUACAUAACAGGGUAAAUUAUUCGGUAAAAAAUAAUUUUAUGGACUGCAUGUAUGACUGAAGUUUAUACAGUACAGUGGUUACACAAUCUAUUUAUUGAACAUAUCCAUGACCUGAAGGGGAACAAUAGUCAUUUGCGCACAAGUUUAAACAAACAAACAAAAAAAAAAACAAAAAAAAAAAAAAAGAAAAUCAAGCUAACAAAAAAGUCUGCAUUACAUUCCUCCAUAACAUUGUGGUUUGUCGCCGUUGCCAAGAAUUGAAAAUAGAAAAAAAUUUUUAAAAAAAAUAAUAAAAUUGCAUGCUGCUUCAAUUGUGAAUUAAUGAUAAACUGUCCUCUUUCAGAAAAAUAAAUUGAACCAAAACAUUCUGUUUACAUUUUAGACAGUAAGUAUCUUUAGUCUGUUAGUAUAUAUGUUUACUGCUUCUAACUUCUGAUAGCGUUGAAAUUAAAACAAUGUCAAGGUGCUGUUGUCAUAGUUUUACUGUUUCUCUUUUACUUUUGAACUCCCAUCAGAUUGAAAAACAAAAAAAUCGUUACCUUAUUCUGGAUUAGAAAAAAAUUUGGUUUUUGUAUGUUGUGAAGGUGUUUGCAAUAGCAGUCCGACUACUGACAAAAAAUAAUAAAAAGAGGCAACUGAAAAAGAAUGGUGAUGUUCCACUUCACAUUGUUGAACUUCAGGCUUUAAGACAACGCCUAUUUAACUGUAUGGCAACAUGCUUUUUUGGUUGUUGGGGGGGUGGUUUGUUGUUGUUGGGCUUUUUUUUUUGUCUUUCUUUUUCAAUUUUCAGUCUUUUGAGACAUGCAUUUGCUUAUACCAUGUUUGCUUGCGUUUGAGAAUUUUCCCCCCCCUUUUCUCCCUCUGGAGGGACAUUGGUUGUGAUCUUCAAGUAUUUCACUUACCAUAGAACUGGAGCUUGUCAUAUAGAGAAUAUUCUAUAGUGUUCAGAGCAAUUAUUUUCAUAUAAUAAAAGACUGUGCUUGGAUCAAAUGUCUUGGUGAAGCACGGUGAGAGUGUCACUAGAAAAAGGGUCUAGAAAAGAGGAUGGCGGGUCUGAAAUCAGGCUGGUUGUGGGACUUCAUAGCUCAGCCAGUUUGGGAACAAGUAACAGAGAUUUGGGUUGGCUGAGGCUGUCCCAGCUGCAGUCAUUACAGAAUGUGGUCCUGUGCAUUGUGGUAGAGAGCAAGAGCUUGGCCAUGUGCAUGGAUGCCCUUCUCCUCCACAGCAUGCCAGCAGCCCCAGGCCUGCAGAGCUGGUGGGCAAACUCUGAGGCAUCUGUGCCUCAGGAGACCUGGAAACCAGCUUGGGAAUGGGACAGAGAGGAGCUGCUUCCAGCAGGAGCAAUUGGCAUUGUGGCUCCACCUCUGCCAGCCGACUUGCCUUGUGAAACAAAUACUGGCACUAAAAACCCACUCUGGAAGGAAAUGAGGAGUGAGUGCUGGAGGAGUUGGCUGAGCCUGCUUAGGUCUGAGGGAUGUGCUCAUGCUGUGCUCCCCCUCUCCUGACAGAAGGGCUGCUGAAAGGCAGCUGUGAGGCUGAGAGCUGUGCACAGCACACUGGCCACAGUGGGCUGAGAGCUGAAAUACCUUGUUGGUAAGCUCACUGGAGGCUCAGGCUAUAUCUGUAGUUCCUGGAGACAAAAAAAAAAACAG